UACAGGUUUGGAACAACAUGAGGGUAAGUGAUUAAUGACAAAAUUUUCAUUUUGGGGUGGAGUAACCAUGUGAAAACAUGGUGAUGAUAAAAAAAUAAUGAUACAUUUUUUUUUUUUCAAAUCCCCAAAAAUACAUAACCCCUUUCUCAGAUCAAGCCAUUCACAGAUUCUGGCCUGAUGUACGUCACACAGGCCAAAGCCCCUCCCAAGACUAUUUACGAACACUGCCGUUUUACCUUAGACCACAAAAUGAGCAAAUUUCAUAAACAUCAAAAUAUUUACAGAUAGACUAAUUAAAUUACAGAUAGAUGAACUGGGGGCUGUUACAUAAACCUAGUUUACCAAACAAGCCAGGCUUAUUUCACUUAUUCUGACUUAUUUUGAACCAAAUCAACUGACAAUAAGUCAGACUAACUGAAAUAAACCUGGCUUGUUUGGUGGUUUAUAUGGAUAUCUGAUACAACCAGAUCUACAACAUACCUAAGAGGUUCCUCCCUUACAUUAAACUUCAUUAGAAACAUUUCAGAGAAGAGCUUAAGUUUCAGGAACAAACCAAAGAAACAAAACAACCAGGGGUGCACAUAAGCGGUGCGCAGGUGCGCAUGCACGACCAAAAUAGAAAAUACGUUCAGACCGAUCAUUUACAUAGCGACAUGACUACACAGCUGUUACUGCACAAUCACUAUUUUAGAUCUACAAAAUCUACAAUUAUAUAUUGUUUUUUUUUUUUUACAAUAAUUUGUUUUGUCCAACUUUUUGCACACCCAGUGUUGAGCCUUGUGCACACACUUACAAAAAAUUACCAUGCUAAAUAUACAAUUAUAUUUACUGCAAUGAAACUUUGUAUACAACACCAUAAACUGGUAGCACUACUGUCAAUAAAAUAAAAUUUAAGUAAGCAACUGAAUAAAUACAAUUAUUUGUAUAAAAAAUAAAACAACAUAAAUAAAGUUAGCAGGGAGAAAAUGAUUAUCAAGAGGAUCGAUGUGGACUGAGGGUUUACUGUAACUGCAAUCAUUUGGCUGUGAUUUGGGUGGAUUGAAACCUUUAUGUCUUGUCUCACUGUACACAUUUCAUUAUUUUGUUUCCGGCAGUUCAGAUGUGAUUCUGCUCUUCUCAUGAAACUUCAGCUCUUCUCGGAAAUGCUUCUAAUGAAGAUUCAUUUUCAUGUAAGGGUGGACACUCUUAGGUGUGUUGUAGGUCUGGAUAUGUCAGAUGUUAAACACCAUAUGAUUUUUAUUUCUGAAUGAUUCAUAUUUACCAUAUUACCAUGGUACUCUUUUAAGUGCUUUGGAUUACUGUUGUUGACAUGAUAGAUGAAUAUGGUUUUCAUUCAGUACUGUCUUCUAUUAUAGAUGAAUAUUAUAGUACAGUGGUAUUACCAUCACUAUACCACAGUUUGAGUUUCAGAGUUAUGUGGCCAAACCAGUCUGGAGACGUGUUCAUCUGGGUACUUCAUAAAAUAUGUGCUGGAUUGAACAAUAUCUCUUGUCACGUUUGGCUUGCACAAUCACAGGCUUAUAAGAGUGAGACAAUCAACAGGAGACUUUAAACACGACCAUCUUCACACAUCAGCACUGACUAGAAAUGAGAAUUCUCAACGACACUGAUGACGAAAUUGUUGAUCUGGAAAAUGAAAUAGAUGAGCUGGAAGAUGACAAAAAAGACCUGGAAGAAGAAACAGAGAAGCUGGAAAGAAAAAGAAAAGAGCUUGAGAAAGAAACAGAGGAGCUGGAAGAAAAAACACUAAAUCUGGAAAUUGAAAUUGCAGAUCUGGAACGAAAAAAAGAAGAGCUGGAAAAAGAAACAGAAGAGCUGAGAGAAGCAGCAACAGAAAAUUAUGAAGAAAGAAAUGAUGAUCUGGAAAAUGAAACAGAAGAGCUAGAAGAAGAAACAGAAGAGCUGGAAAGAAAAAAAGAAGAGCUGGAAGAAGAAACAGAGGAGCUGGAAAGAAAAAAAGAAGAGCUGGAAGAAGAAAUUGCAGCUCUGGAACUAACAAAAGAAGAGCUGGAAGAAGAAACAGAAGAGCUAGAAGAAGAAACAGAAGAGAUGGAAGAAGAAACAGAAGAGCUGGAAGGGAAAAAAAGGAGAGCUGGAAGAAGAAACAGAAGAGCUGGAAAGAAAAAAAGAAGAGCUGGAAGAAGAAACAGAGGCGCUGGAAAGAAAAAAAGAAGAGCUGGAAGAAGAAAUUGCAGCUCUGGAACUAACAAAAGAAGAGCUGGAAGAAGAAACAGAAGAGCUAGAAGAAGAAACAGAAGAGCUGGAAGAAGAAACAGAAGAGCUAGAAGAAGAAACAGAAGAGAUGGAAGAAGAAACAGAAGAGCCGGAAGAAGAAACAGAAGAGCUGGUAGAAGAAACAGAAGAGCUGGAAGAAGAAACAGAAGAGCUGGAAGAAGAAACAGAAGAGCUGGAAGAAGAAACAGAAGAGCCGGAAGAAGAAACAGAAGAGCUGGUAGAAGAAACAGAAGAGCUGGUAGAAGAAACAGAAGAGCUGGAAGAAGAAAAAGAAGAGCUGGAAGAAGAAACAGAAGAGCUGGAAAGAAAAAAGAAGAGCUGGAAGAAGAAAUUGCAGCUCUGGAACUAACAAAUGAAGAGCUGGAAGAAGAAACAGAAGAGCUAGAAGAAGAAACAGAAGAGCUGGAAGAAGAAACAGAAGAGCUGGUAGAAGAAACAGAAGAGCUGGAAGAAGAAACAGAAGAGCUGGAAGAAGAAACAGAAGAGCUAGAAGAAGAAACAGAAGAGCCGGAAGAAGAAACAGAAGAGCUAGAAGAAGAAACAGAAGAGCCGGAAGAAGAAACAGAAGAGCUGGAAGAAGAAACAGAAGAGCCGGAAGAAGAAACAGAAGAGCUGGUAGAAGAAACAGAAGAGCUGGAAGGAAAAAAAGGAGAGCUGGAAGAAGAAACAGAAGAGCUGGAAGGAAAAAAAGGAGAGCUGGAAGAAGAAACAGAAGAGCUGGAAGAAGAAACAGAGGAGCUGGAAAGAAAAAAAGAAGAGCUGGAAGAAGAAAUUGCAGCUCUGGAACUAACAAAAGAAGAGCUGGAAGAAGAAACAGAAGAGCUGGAAGAAGAAACAGAAAAUUACGAAGAAAGAAAUGAUGAUCUGGAAAAUGAAAUAGAAGAGCAGGGAGAAGGGAAAGAAAAAAAGAAGAGCUGGAAAAAGAAACAGAAGAGCUGGAAAGAAACAAAGAAAAUCUGGAAAAUGAAAUGGAAAAACUGAAGAAAAAAAAGAAAAGCUGGAAAAAGAAACAGAAGAGCUGAGAUCAAAUAUAGAAUAUAUGCUAUUAUGUUUAAGCUCGAACAGCAGUGACUAAAGAAGGGCUGCCUAAAACAUGAGAGACCAUAUUUACAGCUGAUGAGAACCACUGAAGAUCUCAAGACCUGCAUCUUUUGAUCAGAUUAAAAGCAGAC